GUCUUUGUCCCUGAUUCUCCAUCCCUCUCAAUCUUCCUCAUUUGCUCUCUCUCCGACCUUGCGAACCGAGCGAUCGAAACCCCAGGGCCGCCGCCAUGCUCCGCCACAUCGCUACCCGCAUUCUGCCUCGAUCCAGCAUCGUCGCCGCCCGGGCGCGGCCUUUCUCCACCGACCUGCCGGCGGCUACGGUGACCGAUGACAAGUUCGUGGAGGCGUGGAAGAAAGUGAUCCCCAACAUUGAGCCGCCCAAGACCCCUCUGGCCUAUAUGACUCCUCGCCCCCCAACCCCUUCUUCGAUUCCAUCCAAGCUCACCGUCAACUUCGUCCUUCCCUACGCUUCCGAGCUUUCCGCCAAAGAGGUUGACAUGGUCAUAAUUCCAGCCACAACAGGACAUAUGGGUGUCCUCCCAGGGCACGUAGCAACAAUCGCAGAGCUGAAACCCGGUGUCAUGUCGGUGCAUGAAGGGAACGAAGUGAAGAAGUACUUCGUUAGCAGCGGGUUCGCAUUCAUCCAUGCAAACUCUUACGCGGACAUAAUGGCAGUGGAGGCUGUGCCAGUCGAUCAGAUUGACGCGAGCCUGGUCCAAAAGGGCCUUGCGGAAUUCACCCAGAAACUUUCCUCAGCCACAACUGAUUUGGAGAAAGCUGAAGCUCAGAUUGGAGUGGAUAUUCACAGUGCCCUCAACUCUGCCCUUGCUGGCUAGUGGUGAUUAGUCCCCGUGUUUCAGCUCAGCCCCUCCUCCUUCCUGAUUCAAUAAUUAAUCCUCUCCUCUUCUGCCCGUCUCUUCAACACUGAAGAUCAUUGUCUCGUGACAGAAAACUUGCUUUUUGAGAUGUUUCAGUUUCUUGCUUUGCCCUUGUUGAAUGAAUGUGGGAAAGAUGCACCAUCUCCUUGAACAAAUUUAUUUCUGACUGAGCAGCAAAGUUUGAGUAGAAUCUUCAAAAUUAGAAAGCUCCA